UCUGUCAUAUGACUUCCAUUUCCUGGUACAGCGGCUCAGCUUCAUCUUAAACGCCGCUGAGUGAGCGUCUCUGUCCGGCUUUCUCCUCUUCUCUCCGGUGUCUGGCACUCUAAAACUAUCAGGCGAUCAUGUCCCGAUAUGCUGCAUUUGUAUUAUUCCUCGCACUGGGAAUUGAACUCCAUCUGUCACAUGGUACUGAGGUGUCGGUCACUGGCAAAGAUGGCAAGUUAUGCCUGUAUGCAAAUCUAAUGGUCAACUUCUCAGUCUCAUAUGAAGUCACUGGCAAUACGAAUGAAACAGCUGAGAUUGAACUUCCCAGUGGAGUCAAAAGUGAUGGAAGUACAUGUGAUAUCGCAAGCUCAGAGCUGAUGCUCAGUUUUGGAGAAGGUCACUCCUGGAGUAUGAAAUUCACAGUAAAUGAGAAAACAACAUACCAGGUGGACUCCAUCACGUUUUCCUACAAUCUCAGCGACUCGACCUACUUCCCCAAUUCUUUGUCAAAUGGAACCAUGAACGUGACCAUGAAGCCUCACAUUGCAAACGUUGGCAUGGACACCUGCUACUCUUGCAAGAGUAAAGACAUGAUCCAGUCUGACUCGGUCAAUCAGACACUGUGGAACGUGCUCAUACAGGCUUUUGUCAGUAACGGCAGCAAGAGUGAAAACGUCACCACUUGCUCCGCUGAUUUGCCUGUUACCACUGUUGUCCCAACCACUCCCACCACCACUACCACAGCAGCUCCAAACUCGACUACCAUUGCCCCUCAUAAUACCACCACCCCCCCAACCACCAUCCCAACCACCACCCCAACCCCUACCCUGCCCCCACCCGUGACCGGGAAGUACAGCAUCAAGUCAGAUGAGAACAGCACAGCCUGUCUGUUGGCCAGCUUUGGCCUGCGGAUUGGUUUCAAGCAGGGAGACAAAUAUCAGGAGAUGAACUUGGAUCCUAAUCCUAAUGUGACCGGGGUCUCUGGAUCAUGCGGAGUCAACAGCAGUGAGCUGUUGCUGACGUCUAACACAAUGACCGUCAUGUUAACCUUCGCCAAUGACACAAAGAAAUUCCGCCUUCAUGCUCUGAACAUCACUGGAAAAACGAGCUCUGGUGUUGUGUUUUCUGAGGCGAACAGCAACCUGAGUCUGUGGGAGGCCGCCGUCGGCAGCUCCUACAUGUGCAAUAAAGAGCAGAACUACACCAUCACCAACCUGCUCAGCAUCUACACCUACAACCUGCAAGUUCAGCCCUUUGGAGUGAAGAAGGGCGUUUUCAGUACAGCUGAGGAAUGCCAGGGUGAUGCGGAGAGCUUCCUUGUUCCCAUAGCUGUUGGAGUGGCCCUGCUUGUUCUCAUUCUUAUCGUUCUGCUGGCCUAUUUCAUCGGAAGAAAGAGAAACAUGGCCAGCGGCUAUGAGUCCUUCUAGUUUAAACCUGCUUCAUUUAGAUGUUAGUCAGUGAAUCGCUGCCUGUUUGGCUUUCUGCCUGUUUGUGAAAAAUUACCAGUGUGGUGUUGCAUUAAUGUUUCUUUGUAGUGUUCAGUGCUGUUGACUGCCUGACAAAGAUUUUGGGAAAUAGUUAUUCACUUUCUUGCCAAAUUAGAAUAUUGAUACCACUCUAAAUGUUUGAAUCUAUGGCCAGCACACAGUUAGUGUAGCUUAGCACAAAGACUGGAAACAGAUGGAAAGAGUUAGCCUCGCUCAGUUUGAAGGGUUAAAUAAAAAAGCUCUCUAACAUGUUUAAACGUGUUAAAUCUGCACUAAAACAAAAUGUAAAACUGACAUGUCAUGAGUUUACAGGGGGCUAUGUGUCAUUAAUUUCUUCCUAUUAAAUAGUGUCUAUAUAAUAGUAUUUAAAUAAUAAUGUGAACUGACAUUUCAGACACAUCUUUGUAACAUCACUGACAGGUUUAGGGUGGCAUCGUCGUAAUUUUUAAUAGCUAGAAAAUGCGACUUCUUGCUUUUGGGGAUUGUUAGAAAAGUGUGCAUGCUGUGGACAACUUCUUUCAUCCCAUAUUAGUAAUUUUUGAGGGUGUCACUUACAGCAUACAUUUGCACACUCAUUUCAUACACUACAUAAAUUGUUAAAGGGUAAAUAUUGUGCACUAUUUAGCAAAAAGGGAGUGAUUUUUCGACACAGCCCAGAAAGAAAUAGUUAGGUGUAUAACCAACUGUUUUUUACAUAAAUGUGAUAUAACUGCCUCAUUGGUGAGCCUUAAAAUGCUUUCUAGAUAGAUUUUAUUACCUUUGGAAAGAUUCAGGCCACCUGUUUGCCUGUGUGUCCAGUCUUUAGGCUAAGUUAAGCUAACUGCAUCUUUAACGUGCGGCCAUCCUGUCAUCUUACUGAGAAGUAAAUAUACAGUAUUUCCCAAAAGGUAAAAUUAUUCUGAUCAUUCUGCCUAAAAUUAAUGUUCAUAUAGAAUAAUGAUAAAUCUCCACAUGGGUGAUUUCCUUCUUGUGCUUUUGAUAUAUUUGACGUCUCUUUCUUCGACAUGAUUUUGAUUCUCUUUGUGGAAAUGUGGUCGUUUUCUAGGUUCUGAUCUAUUUUCUUGCUAUUUCUGCUUCAUCUCUAACCCUUUAAAGUCUCAAUCCUUCUCGUCAUGGUGUUUUCCACCGUCUAAACCACUAACCUGCUGUCUCUCUGUCUGUCUGUCUGUCUGUCUGUCUUCCUGUCUGUCAGCUGAGGAAUGCUUCCUGGACUCUGAUUUGAGCUUUUUGGUGCCCAUUGCAGUGGGCGUGGCGCUCAGCUUCCUAAUCAUCCUUGUGCUUAUCUCUUACCUGAUUGGCCGGAGGAAGAGUCGCACCGGCUACCAGUCUGUAUAAUCCAACCCUGGCUGCUUCUGCCUCUCACUUUUCCAACCCUCUCAGCUGUUUAAAAAAAAACACCACACUCUCCUCCUGUAACCCCCCUCUCCUUCUGUUUCCUGUGAGGCAGCGUCACCCUGAAAAAUAACCUUUAUAGCUUAUUUCUCGUACAGUUUCAAAUUGAUCCCGGCGACCCCAACCACCCACACCUCCUACCCCCUCCCCUGAAUGGUUUUCUUUGUUUUGCUUCAAUGCCAAUGACUGAAUCAAGUACCAAAACAUUUAUGAUCGAUAUUGCACCGUUUGAUUAUAGAUUGCAUGUUUUAAAAAUCAAAUUUAUGGCUGUGAGUAGCCGUCCACAUCCUUCCCAGAGAGCCCCCUCCUCCUCCUCUUCCACCUCCUCUCCUACCGCAAGAGGCUUUUUCCUCUCAGUUUCUGUGCUGUACAAUAGUAUAUGUGUAAAUUAAUCUCUUGUAUAGAAUGAAUGACGCUGAUUUUUUGAUGACUUGAAUGUACGAGCAAGCUAAUAGAUCCACUGUUGUCAUUCAUACCCCCAGAAACCAUUGUUUUGUUGAGUUUAUGCUAAUUGCACAUGUUUCUUUAACCCUUAAUUACCAUAGAAAUUAACAGCUAAAUUACAUCUGCUGCACAUUUAGUCACUUAAUUGUAGUUUGAUGAAAGGGACACUAACUUAUGAAGACACUUUACCAGCACUGGGACCAGUUUUUUUUUUCUGGAAAUGUGUAAUGUUAGACAUUUAUAUUUCUGUCGUUCAUGUUAGGAGGAUAGAAGAUUUUUUUCUUUAAUUGUACAUUUAUUUUAAAAAAAAGAUUAACAUGAUUAUUUCGUUGAGUUUAUUAUAUUGUUGUCACCUUGUAAUUCUCUGUUAUUUCAAAACUGUGACGGAUGCAUAUUUUGGCAUUUGGGAGUCUCAAGCCUGAUUUAAGUAAACACCACGUUUGUCUCCAGGAUUAAAUUUGGUUGAAUGUACAUAAAUCUGACAACUGGUUAGAGUAAGAGUAACACACUCCCCACGAUGUGAUAGUACUGAAAUAUCAACAGCAUGACAGUAUGAAAGCCAUGAAUAGUAUUUCCCCUUGCUGGUCUUAUUUCACACCUUCUUAUAGGCAUCAUUCUCAGUUCUUUACGUUUGCUCACUCCCUUCUGACAGUUUGUGCCUUUCUGUUGUGCACCUCUUGAGUUGCUUGCUUGAAGCUUGUCUCCAUCUGAUGAAGAAUGUGAUGUGAUGAGCUUGUUUAACACAAGUGGGGAACAAAUUAAAUAAAGUUCGUUCUUGUUUUGUA